AUGGCUCUCGAUUCAAAGGACGUUCGUCCGGAUCCAACAUCAGAUCUUCACUGGUCUGACUAUCGAGGCGCCAUUCAUGAGAUUUUCGCAGCCAACGCCAAGAAACACCCGGAGCGAUCGUGCGUAAUUGAAACGGCAUCCUCGACAACACCAGAGCGAAACUUCAGCUACAAGACGAUCAAUGAAUCUUCGAAUGUCGUGGCCCAUCACUUGGUCAGCAAUGGCGUGCAACGAGGCGAGGUGGUCAUGGUCUAUGCCUACCGAGGCGUGGAUCUGGUUGUGGCCGUCAUGGGGGUUCUCAAGGCAGGAGCGACGUUUAGUGUGAUUGAUCCGGCGUAUCCACCGGAUCGUCAGAUCAUCUACCUUGAGGUUGCACAGCCUCGUGCUCUUGUCUGUAUCGAGAAGGCUAAGAAGGAAGCGGGAGAGCUUCAUUCGAGCGUUAGGGCUUACAUCAAUGAGAAGUUGCAGCUUCGAACCGAGAUUCCAGGACUAAUGCUCCAAGAUGAUGGAUCUGUCACUGGAGGCUCUCUUCAAGGCAGUCAUGACUGUCUACAGCUUCACACUGCCAAAAAGGAGGAUUUGCCUGGCGUGCUGGUCGGUCCAGACAGUACGCCGACCCUAUCAUUCACAUCCGGAUCCGAAGGUCGACCUAAAGGUGUCAAGGGUAGACAUUUCUCUCUGGCUUACUACUUCCCAUGGAUGUCUCAGCGUUUCAAUCUUACAGAAAAGGAGAGAUUUUCGAUGCUGAGCGGCAUCGCACACGAUCCAAUCCAGAGAGACAUAUUCACACCUCUUUUCUUGGGUGCGAGCUUGAUCGUACCUCCAGCUGAAGAGAUCACUUUCGAUAGACUUGCCAAGUGGGCUAGCGAUAACAAGAUUUCGGUCAUGCACUUGACACCAGCUAUGGGACAGAUUCUGCUUGGAAGUACAGAACCGAAGAUCGAGAGCUUCCAUGCCGCAUUCUUCGUUGGUGACGUUCUGCUAAAGCGCGACUGCCGAAGACUUCAGCACUUGGCCCCAAACUGUCGCAUCAAGAAUAUGUACGGUACAACGGAAACUCAGCGUGCUGUUAGCUAUUACGAAAUUCCUUCUCUGAACGAGGAUCCGACUUACCUGGACAAGAUGGGCGACGUCAUCCCCGCUGGUACUGGCAUGCUGGAUGUGCAACUUCUUGUUGUAGAUCGCGAGAAGAAAGAGCGUCAAUGUGAGGUGGGCGAGAUUGGUGAGAUCUAUGUCCGAGCCGGUGGUCUUGCCGAAGAAUAUCUUGGUGACCCCGAGAAGAACGCCCAGAAGUUUGUGUGGAAUUGGUUCGUCAAGAACCAGAAGUGGGUCGAUGAGGAUAAGAAGCGUGUCGAAGCUGCCGGUCAGCCAGAGCCAUGGAGAGAGCAGUACUUUGGACCUCGGGAUCGCAUGUAUCGCUCUGGUGAUCUUGGACGCUACAUGCCUGAUGGGAAUGUUGAAUGUGUUGGACGAGCAGAUGACCAGGUCAAGAUUCGUGGUUUCCGGAUCGAACUAGGCGAGAUCGAUACUCAUCUCAGUCAGCAUCCACUGAUUCGGGAGAACGUGACGCUCGUCAAACGCGAUCACAACGAAGAGCAGAUCCUGGUCUCGUACUAUGUUCCGGACAUGCCGAAAUGGAGGGCAUGGUACGCCGAGCAGGUCGAGCAAGCACAACCUACAUCCAAUGGAAUUCCUCGCCGCAGAGAAUCUGCGAAGGAAAGUCAUGGCUUGGUCCAGAGGAUGAAGAUCUUCGACCUCUUGACUGUCGACGCCCGUGAGCGCCUGAAGAAGAAGUUGCCAAUUUACGCUGUGCCAACGUUGUUCAUUCCAAUGCUACGACUACCUUUGACGCCAAAUGGAAAGGUAGACAAGCGCGCAUUGCCGUUCCCCGAACAAGCGGAUCUACUUGGUGCUUUGCCACAAGCUGCCGACUUAGACAAGCGGACCGAGACAGAGAAAGAGCUUGCAAAUAUCUGGGCCGAGCACCUGAAGACCCGCAACCACACAGCAGAUACGCUGCCUCGCGAUUCAAGCUUCUAUGACCUUGGAGGCGACAGUAUCAUGAUGGUGCAGAUUGUGCCAAAGAUCAAUCGCAAGUGGCAAGGCGCAAAUGUGCCUAUGUCAGUAAUGGCUGCAGGUCAACCGACGCUUGAAAAGGUCGCAAAAUACAUCGAUCGUUCACUCCACCCAGUCGGCCUUCGUAUGGAUGCCAUUGAUGACGAAGACAUCGAGCAAACCGUGCAUUAUGCAAAUGAUCUUCCAGACCAAAUUGCGCAACUGCCUGCAUCGAUUUCAAGUGGGAAGAUGCGGACGACGGAGACAGGCAUCAACAUCUUUUUGACUGGUGUGACUGGGUUCCUUGGUGCAUAUAUCCUGAAUGAUGCCUUUAUGCGCUCCCCACCGAAUCAUGUAUAUGCCCACGUCCGUGCCUCGAGCACAGUAGAAGGUCUACAGAGAAUACGGCAGACCUGCACAGCUUAUGGCUUGUGGCACGAGUGGUGGGCCACCGAAGGCGUUCUUGAGGUUGUUCUUGGUGACCUUGAGAAGCCUCGACUUGGACUGAGUGAGAAGGACUUCAAGACUAUCACCGAGGGUGCCGAUUUGGUUAUCCACAACGGUGCUCGAGUGCACUGGCUUAUGCCUUAUGAGAACCUCAAAGCUGCCAACGUCACUAGCACACUUGAGGCCAUCAAGAUCUGUGCUACCGGCAAGAGCAAGCGUUUAUCCUUUGUCAGCUCAACAAGCGCUAUCGAUACGGAGCACUACGUCAAGCAGUCAGAUGCUGGCCAGCCAGUGCUGGAAUCUGACCCUCUCGAAGGCAGUAGGCAAGGUCUUGGAACAGGCUAUGGCCAGAGUAAGUGGGUGUCCGAGGCACUCAUCAAGGAAGCCGGGAAGCGUGGGCUUGAUGCGGUGAUUGUGAGAUCCGGAUAUGUCCUUGGAGAUCCUAGAACUGGUGUCAGCAAUCUGGACGACUUCCUGGUGCGAAUGCUCAAAGGUUGUGUGCAAGUCGGAGCAAGGCCUGAUAUGACCAACACGAUCAAUGCUGUCCCAGUCACUCGUGUGGCUCGGCUGAUAAAUGCCGUCUCAUUCCAUGGCACGAGCGGCCAAGUCGCCUUCGUAGAUGCCCAUCCUCGUCCGACCUUCAACGAAUACCUUGGAGCACUGGAGACAUAUGGUUAUAGCACUCCUGUUGAGCCUUAUGAGAGCUGGAAGCAUAAAGUCGAGAAAUACCAGGAGGCAGGCCACAGUGGAAAGGACGAGCUGGCGCUGCUGGGUCUGUACCAUAUGGUCACUGGCGAUUUGCCUGCUGCGACCAAGGCGCCGAAUGUCGAUGAUCGGAAUGCACAAGCAGCGCUGGAAGCCGAUAGCGCCAUCGCACCUAACGAUACGCCUGCAACCGUCACCACGGAAGCAGUUGGCUCGUAUCUGGCUUUCCUGGUGGCCAGAGAUUUCAUGUCGCCUCCCGCAAGUUCUGCCACGCCACUGCCCAAGAUCCAGCUAUCCCCGCAGCAGGUGGAGGCUUUGAACAAGGUUGGAGGUCGUGGUGGCGGUGCUUGCUAA